AUGUCAGAAAUAAAAAUAGUCGCGGCGAGCAUAAUAAAUUUCUUAAAACAACAGCUCGAAAGCGACUCGCUAAGUGCCGACUCGAGAGAGAGCGUGGAAGUUGGCGUACAAUGCAUCGAAACCGCAUUCGAAUUGACUCCAGAAGAACUAUCCAAAGGCGUCGACCUUCUCCAGCUCGUAAAAAAACAAAAAGGCGGAGCUACUCCGGCCGAUCGCGUAGAAGCUGAAAAACUAAAGAACGAAGGUAACGAGUUCAUGAAAGCCGAGCGUCACAAGGAAGCCCUGGAAAAGUACAGCCGUGCCAUCGAACUCGAUCCUCAGAACUCUGUUUUCUUCUGCAACCGAGCGGCGGCACAUUUCAAACUCGGGGAACACGAGUCCGCAGUAGCCGACGCCAUGGCUGCCCUGGCGCUGCAACCCAACUACGGCAAGGCCUACGGACGACUGGGUAUCGCUCUCACGGCGCUCGACAGGCACACGGAGGCGCGCAACGCCUUCGCCCGCGCCGUGCAGCUGGAACCGGACAACGACAGUUACAAGGAGAACCUCAAGAUGGCGGAGGAGAGGCUGGCCGAGCGCGGGGAACGGCCGCCGCUCGACCUGGGCGGGCUGCUGCAGAACCCGGCGCUCCUCAACAUGGCCACCGAGAUGCUCUCGGACCCCAACAUGCAGCAUCUCAUCUCGGGUCUGAUGACGGCCAACACGGCGGGCGCCGGCGGCGGACUGGGAGGUCUGCUGGGGUCGGACGCCGCGCUGGCUCCCUCCCUGUUGGAGGCGGGGCAGGCGCUGGCGCAACAGAUGCAGGCGGCCAACCCCGAGCUGGUGGAGCAGCUGAGACGACAGGUGCGCCCGCCCGGCCCGCCCGGCAACCAGCCGCCACACACACAGUGA